AUGCUGCAUGCCUCCGCGGGUCGCGGGUCGCUCCGAGACGAUGCGCAUGGUGCUGCUCACCUGCGUCUCAAUUGCUUCACCUGGGGCGUUGAGAUGACCUACUGCACGCCGUACCUUCUCUCUCUCGGACUGACGAAAGGUCAGACAUCGAUGGUCUGGGUCGCCGGUCCAUUAUCCGGUUUGAUCGUACAGCCCAUCAUAGGGGUCAUUGCCGACCAGUCGACGUCGAGGUGGGGCAGACGACGGCCCAUUAUUGCCAUCGGGUCCCUCGUCGUGGCCUGCAGCCUCGUAACCCUGGGCUUUACCAAGGAGAUCGUUGCGUAUUUUGUGUCGGACCCCCAUGCCGUCAGAGCGUCUACUAUUGCGCUCGCUGUCCUGUCCCUCUACGUCGUGGACUUCGCCAUCAACGCAGUAAGCCGCAUGAACUCCCUUGGCCAUAUAGUCGGUUAUGCUAUGGGAGCUGUGGACCUCGUCCAGCUGUUUGGUCCCAGGCUCGGCGACAGCCAGUUUAAGCAGCUCACCAUCAUCGCAGCCCUGGGCAUGUUGCUCACCUCGGGCAUCACCUGCUGGGCUGUGACCGAGCGCAUCCUGCUCUCCGUGCGACACGAUCCUCGCCGGGCCCAGGGUCGCUUCAAGGUUGUCCGCCAGAUCUGGUCCACCCUGUUGACCCUGCCCCCGCGCGUCCGCGGCAUCUGCAAUGCUGUGUUCUGGUCGUGGAUCGGCUGGUUCCCCUUCAUCAUCUACAGCAGCACCUGGGUCGGCGAGACGUACUUCCGCUAUGAGGUGCCCGCCGACGCCAGGAACUCGAAAGAUGCCCUCGGUGACAUCGGCCGCAUUGGAAGCAUGGCAUUGACCGCAUACUCGACCAUGUCCUUCCUCAGCGCCUGGAUUCUCCCGGCCUUGAUCCGGGCCCCCGAGGACGAAACCUUCACUCACCGUCCGCCCCGCAGCCUCGCCCCGCUGAUCGAGGCGUUCAACAAGUACAAGCCAGAUCUGCUUCCCGCCUGGAUUGCGAGCAACCUGCUCUUUUCCAUCGCCAUGUUCUGCACCCCGUUCGCCACCUCGUUCCGCUUCGCCACCGCCAUCGUCGCCCUGUGCGGCAUCCCUUGGUGCAUCGCGCAAUGGGCCCCCGUGACCUUCCUCGGCAUCGAAGUCAACAAGCUGAGCGGGUCCUCUGAUCCAUCAUCAUCAGCAGCAGGUGCCGGGCCAAACGGCGCCGUGCCCUACCGACGUCUGUCCAACGACUCGAGCAUCGAGCUGCUGAGGCUCGAGCACGGCAGUCCGCUCGAGGCUGCUGGGGGCGGUAGCAGCUCGACGGGCGAGCUGAGCGGCAUCUACUUCGGCAUCCUCAACAUCUACGUCACGAUCCCGCAGUUCCUCAGCACCAUGGUCAGCGGCGUCGUGUUUGCCCUGCUCGAGCCCGGCAAGAGCCCCGAGUUGGCCACCGAGGCGCACCCCAGCGAGCACAGCGACACUUCGGGCCCGAACGCGAUCGCUGUGUGCAUGGUCAUUGGCGCGCUGAGUUCCCUGGUGGCUGCUUGGUCGACAGGGAAGUUGAGGAGUUUAUAAAUUCGCCAAACGUUCAAACUCUGGAACCGAGAGGGAAGGUUGGAUAAAGUUUUGAUGACAUAGAUAGGACUUAGUUAAGGGUUUUCCUGUACCAUAUAUGUGAGCAUGGCGUUAUUGCGGCUCCGUUUGUUUUGGAUGGGGGGUACUGUUGGGUCUCUCUAAACCUGUCGGCUCUACCUAUUUCUCUCAAACACCGUGUGUAUAUAAGGUAAUGUAUGCAUAUAUACACACUUUCUCGCUGUAUUAG